AAUUUAACAGAUAGAAGAACAAAACGCAAAUUAAAAAAUAAACAAAGAGCAGAAAAAAAUAUAGUUAAUAUUUAUUGUUUAAAACAAAGCUGUAAUUUAGAAGACGAAGCUUCAGUGCGCAAAUAAACAAAAUAAUACAUUAAACAAUAGUAACUAAAUGAAAUCAACGUAAUAUCCUCUACACCAUCCGGCUUUGACGACUCCAACCCACUCAACGACAACGUGGGCAAACAAAAUCCACGGUACUCGAUGGUAUCUUGGUCGAUUGACUCCACAGAAAAUAAAACAUAACACAAUAUUUUUAUGUCAACCUGCUUAGGUUUUCGGCAAGCAUAACGCAAAUAUACAAUUCAUAUACAAUUUUGUAUGCAAAAUUUUUGAUUCCUAUAUUAUUAUGCUUGUUAAUCGCGCGCUAUGUCAAAGUUGGCUAACUCAGGUGACAUACAGACUACAUGGAUGCCGACACAAUCUGUCCACUCAAAGAUUAUGGCAGUCACCGGUGCGUCACUUUCAUGCCCACAGGUCUCGGUGGAGCAAUAUCAAACCCACUGUGGCUGAGCCGAUGGUGGCAGUGGCGGAGGGUGGAAUUGUGCCAUCAAAAAAUAUAGUCAAGGCAAUCGCGUUUACAGGUGCCUUUAGCAUCGGCUGUUUUGCCGGUGCUGCGAUUAUAGAAUACGAGAACACGCGCAGCAUGAUUUCCAAGGUAAAACAGGCGCGAUUUUGGCAAAAUCGAUCAAUUGUGGAUCGGGAUGGCAUAUGGAAAUUAAAGCAGGACGUGCAACGUUUCUGGGACUCACUGUCACCCGGUGAUAAAACUUUUGCACCCUUAUUGGUCUGCAAUCUGCUGGCAUUUGCUCUUUGGCGUUUGCCCGCCAUGCGUAACACUAUGAUGACGUAUUUCACGUCGAAUCCAGCUGCACGCAUCGUUUGCUGGCCCAUGUUCCUCUCUACUUUCAGUCACUACUCGGUCAUGCACAUUUUUGCCAAUAUGUAUGUGCUGCACAGCUUUUCUAAUGCUGCGGUUCUGUCCAUGGGAAAGGAGCAAUUUAUGGCGGUCUACCUCAGCGCCGGCGUCUUCUCCAGUCUGAUGAGUGUGCUCUACAAAGCCGGCACAAAGCAACCAGGCAUGUCGCUGGGCGCGUCGGGUGCCAUCAUGACAGUGUUAGCUUAUGUUUGCGCACAGUAUCCCGAUACACAAUUGAGCAUAUUGUUCCUGCCGGCUGUUACGUUUUCAGCUGGUGCCGCUAUCAAAGUAAUCAUGGGCAUUGAUUUUGCUGGCUGCGUAAUGGGCUGGAAGUUCUUUGAUCAUGCUGCACAUUUGGGUGGCGCAAUGUUUGGCAUCUUCUGGGCACAAUAUGGCGCGCAAGUGUGGGCGAAACGCAUUGGUUUGCUAAAAUACUAUCAUGAGCUGCGCAGAACGAAAGAGAAAUAAUGAAUCGAGCUAAAUUUUCAUAAUGCAAUAUGUAUUGCAAUAAUUCGGAGAUCGGUCGGCCUUCGAGGCUCGUAUCAUCAUGCGUUAGGUUUAUUAAAAUGACAACACAAAAAUGAA